AGAAACGAUUGAUCCGUCAAACAAGCAACUGUUCAGUAAUGUCUUACAUACCGUUCUAUGUAAGAGAGAAUUUCCUGUUUUUUUCUAAACAUAAAUGUACUAAUUAUUAGAGUCAUAUUUUAAUAGACUUUUCUCUUUUCUUUUAGGACAAUUGGAAAAAUGGAAGUAAUUAUAAUGAUUCAAGUUCAAGCUAUAGUAGAAGUAGAAGUAUUUAUCCAAUGAGAAAAGAUUAUCAGAGAAAGCCUUCAUUUUUCACAAAUCCCAGAGCUUAUAUAUAUGGAUCUACAUUGGAAAGCAAUUCUGUUGAAAGUGACGAAAAUGAACAACAGCGUUGGAAGUUGACAAGAACCCAAUGGAUACUUUUAAUUGUUUUAUCUGUAAUAUUUAUAGCACUAUUAUCUAUCAUAUUUGGUAUUGUUUUUACUCUGCCAGGUAAGUUUAUUAAGUAUAUUGGAAUAUUUUUGAACUAAUGUAUUCAUUUUCAUUCCAAAAAACUACACUACUCAGCUUCAAAAGAAGAUAAAGAAAAUAUCAAAAGUAAGCGUUAAUAAACAAAUAAAUAUAUCAUACCUUUAUAAAAUUAUCUCUUUAUCAAACAUUCUUUACAUUUAAUACUCAGAUUUCGAAAUUACUAUGAAAAUGGAUAUAAAUUUUGAUGAUUCAUUAUUGGAUACUAAUUCGGAAAAGUAUCGACAACUUUCACAGACUUUGAAAGAUAAUCUAACUCAAGCUAUUCAAUCGAGUGAAGAUCUUAAAAACACAGAAAUAAAGAAUAUUACCAAUUUUAAGUUUAGCAAGGGAAGUGUUAUUGCAACAUUCUUAGUCAUAUUCUCCACGCCUGGUUCAGAUAUCAGCAAUAUAACUCCUAAUUCUAUUAAAACAAUAAUAGAAUCUACAAAAAAUGACCCUUUGCUUAAGUCACUAAAGAUUAUUCUCGUUCUCGUAGUUGAAACAAAAUUAGAAAUAACUACUGAUGUUCAAACAACAGAGAGAAACCCGUCUAUCACGCUGACUCCAACUACAUUAAAAUUAACUGAACACUCAGCAUUUGAAGUUUCCACAGAAAAAGUAACAACUUUAAAUCAAAAAGAAACUAUGAAACACACCUCUGAAAAACCAACAACAAAAUUUACAACACAGUCUCCCACCAAAGUUACAACUAGAAGACCAAAAAUUUCAUCCACUGCAAAGAUAGAAGAUACCACAGAAUAUACCUCAAAAAAACAAUCAACAAAACUUACUACACAACCUCCCACCAAAGUUACACAACCUUCCACCACUGUUUCAACAGAAAGACCAACAACGGAAUCUACUGCAAAGACAGAAGAGACUUCCAAGCAGACCACUGAAGAACCAACAACAAAACUUACGACACAACCAUCCACCACUGUUUCAACAGAAAGACCAACAACUGAAUCUACUGCAAAGACAGAAGAGACUUCCAAGCAGACCACUGAAGAACCAACAACAAAACUUACGACACAACCGUCCACCACUGUUUCAACUGAAAGACCAACAACUGAAUCUACUGCAAAGACAGAAGAGACUUCCAAGCAGACCACUGAAGAACCAACAACAAAACUUACGACACAACCGUCCACCACUGUUUCAACUGAAAGACCAACAACUGAAUCUACUGCAAAGACAGAAGAGACUUCCAAGCAGACCACUGAAGAACCAACAACAAAACUUACGACACAACCGUCCACCACUGUUUCAACUGAAAGACCAACAACUGAAUCUACUGCAAAGACAGAAGAGACUUCCAAGCAGACCACUGAAGAACCAACAACAAAACUUACGACACAACCGUCCACCACUGUUUCAACUGAAAGACCAACAACUGAAUCUACUGCAAAGACAGAAGAGACUUCCAAGCAGACCACUGAAGAACCAACAACAAAACUUACGACACAACCGUCCACCACUGUUUCAACUGAAAGACCAACAACUGAAUCUACUGCAAAGACAGAAGAGACUUCCAAGCAGACCACUGAAGAACCAACAACAAAACUUACGACACAACCGUCCACCACUGUUUCAACUGAAAGGCCAACAACUGAAUCUACUGUGGAUCCAAUGACUACAACAUAUUUACAUCCAUGUGAUAGAGAAGUCUGCAACAAUGGAACGUGUUUAAAAAGAAAUACGACUGAUUUCGAAUGUGAAUGUUUACCAGGUUGGACUGGAGAGCUGUGUGCGAAUGAUACUAACGAAUGUACUGAAAGUGGAUUGUGCAAUUACGGAGAGUGUAUUAAUCUUCCUGGAAGUUAUAGAUGCGAUUGCGACUUUGGUUACGAAGGAAACUACUGCAAUAAAAGUAUAUUCUGUAAAGAAGAAGAUCUUGGUAAAAUUUUGCAACAUCCAAUAAGUUGUGAAAAAUACCUCAACUGUACAGCAAAAAAUAAUCACGCUGUGGUGGAUUGUCCUUCUCAGUAUAAAUUUGAUACCAUUAGUGUACAGUGCUCACCUAGUGGUGCUACCUGUAAUGAACCAGAGAAAUGCACAAAUGUGACUUGUAAUGGUGGAACUUGCUUGUUCUCCUCAAAGACUUAUAAGAUUCAGUGUACUUGCGAUAAGAAUGCUACAGAAUUUUAUGGUGACAGAUGUCAAUAUCCAAAGAAAUCAUGUAACGAAUUAGUUUGUCAGAAUGGUAAAGGUAUUGAUACUGGAAAGGGCUAUUGUGAAUGCGUAUGCGAUAAAGGUUGGACAAAGAAGGAUGUGAAAAUUUUCCCAGCCAACGAUACUUGUGAUGAGGAUAUCGAUGAAUGUGCAAAUUUGUUCAAGUGCGGAAAGGAGAAUCAAUGUACUAACUUUAAUGGUUCAUUUUCCUGUCUCUGUUCACCAGAUUGGUUCGGCAAUGAAUGUCACAAAAGUGUUCACUGUAAUUCAAGAUCUGAUGGUCUUUAUCCACAUUACGACUGCGACAAAGCUUUCCAUUGUCGCAAUCACAGCCAUUCAAUAGAGAAAUGUAACGUGACCGGCCAAGUUUUUGACCAUAAAAAUGGUGUAUGCUUUAACCCUGGACUACUAUCCUGCAAUAUCAUUGAGCGAUGCACAAAAACCACUUGCAAUAAUCAUGGUACAUGCUCAGUGGAUAUAAAUGGAGGCAAUCCAAAAUGUCACUGCGAUUCAUUUUACUAUGGCACAACUUGCAACUACACAUACAAUGCCUGUGACUCAAUAAAAUGCCAAAACAAUGCACAAAUCGAAAAAAUGACUCUAAACGACACAUUUUGCAAAUGUAAUUGUCAAACAGGAUGGACAGGUCAAUUUUGCGAAGACGACAUCAAUGAAUGCAACAAUCAAACAAUCGCUGCUCAAUGUGGAGAAGAUAAUACCUGUACAAACACAAAAGGAAGCUUUACAUGUGAAUGUUCAGAGGCAUGGAGAGGCGAUAAAUGUGAUGAAAGUUGGUACUGCAACAAAAAAACAGAUGGUGUCUACCGCCAUACUGAAUGCUCCAAGUAUGUAAACUGUACAAGCGGAGUUCAUAAAAUAGAGAAUUGCCCUAUUGGUCAAACGUUUGAUGUUGAUAAACUGGAGUGUGUUCAUUCAUCAUUGACACAAUGUGAAACAAUUGAGAGAUGCAAAAAUUCAACAUGUAACUUUCACGGGGAAUGUGUCGAUAGCAUUGAGACACCUCCUAAUUGCACAUGCUACAAUGGAUUCUACGGAACCUACUGUGAAAAUAAACUAUUGAAUUGUUCAACACUGAAUUGUACACACGGAACGAAAGAUGUUGUGGAUUCAACAGAAGAUCUUUGUAAAUGUCAAUGUAUACAAGGAUACAACGGUCAGUUCUGUACAGAAGAUAUUGAUGAAUGUGAAAAGAAACCAAGUCCUUGUGGUUCAGACAAUAAAUGUACAAAUAAAAUUGGAAGUUUUGAAUGUGAAUGUGCAGAAGCAUGGAAUGGUGUUAGUUGUGAUAAAAGUUGGUACUGUAACAACAAAACCGAUGGUGUCUAUCGCCAUACUGAAUGCUCCAAGUAUGUAAACUGUACAAGCGGAGUUCAUAAAAUAGAGAAUUGCGUUAUUGGUCAAACAUUUGAUGUUGAUAAACUGGAGUGUGUUCAUUCAUCAUUGACACAAUGUGAAACAAUUGAGAGAUGCAAAAAUUCAACAUGUAACUUUCACGGGGAAUGUGUCGAUAGCAUUGAGACACCUCCUAAUUGCACAUGCUACAAUGGAUACUACGGAACCUACUGUGAGAAUGAACUGUUGAAUUGUUCAACACUGAAUUGUACACACGGAACGAAAGAUGUUGUGGAUUCAACAGAAGAUCUUUGUAAAUGUCAAUGUAUACAAGGAUACGACGGUCAGUUCUGUACAGAAGAUAUUAAUGAAUGUGAAAAGAAACCAAGACCUUGUGGUUCAGACAAUAUAUGUACAAAUAAAAUUGGAAGUUUUGAAUGUGAAUGUGCAGAAGCAUGGAAUGGUGUUAAUUGUGAUAAAAGUUGGUACUGUAACAACAAAACCGAUGGUGUCUAUCGCCAUACUGAAUGCUCCAAGUAUGUAAACUGUACAAGCGGAGUUCAUAAAAUAGAGAAUUGCGUUAUUGGUCAAACGUUUGAUGUUGAUAAACUGGAGUGUGUUCAUUCAUCCUUGACACAAUGUGAACCAAUUGAGAGAUGCAAAAAUACAACAUGUAACUUUCACGGGGAAUGUGUCGAUAGCAUUGAGACACCUCCUAAUUGCACAUGCUACAAUGGAUACUACGGAACCUACUGCGAGAAUAAACUGUUGAAUUGUUCAACUCUAAUUUGCACACACGGAACGAAAUAUGUUGUGGAUUCAACAGAAGAUCUUUGUAAAUGUCAAUGUAUACAAGGAUACGACGGUCAGUUCUGUACAGAAGAUAUUGAUGAAUGUGAAAAGAAACCAAGUCCUUGUGGUUCAGACAAUAAAUGUACAAAUAAAAUUGGAAGUUUUGAAUGUGAAUGUACAGAAGACUGGAAUGGUGUUAGUUGUGAUAAAAGUUGGUACUGUAACAACAAAACCGAUGGUGUCUAUCGCCAUACUGAAUGCUCCAAGUAUGUAAACUGUACAAGCGGAGUUCAUAAAAUAGAGAAUUGCGUUAUUGGUCAAACGUUUGAUGUUGAUAAACUGGAGUGUGUUCAUUCAUCCUUGACACAAUGUGAACCAAUUGAGAGAUGCAAAAAUUCAACAUGUAGCUUUCACGGGGAAUGUGUCGAUAGCAUUGAGACACCUCCUAAGUGCACAUGCUACAAUGGAUUCUACGGAACCUACUGUGAAAAUAAACUAUUGAAUUGUUCAACACUGAAUUGUACACACGGAACGAAAGAUGUUGUGGAUUCAACAGAAGAUCUUUGUAAAUGUCAAUGUAUACAAGGAUACAACGGUCAGUUCUGUACAGAAGAUAUUAAUGAAUGUGAAAAGAAACCAAGUCCUUGUGGUUCAGACAAUAAAUGUACAAAUAAAAUUGGAAGUUUUGAAUGUGAAUGUUCAGAAGCAUGGAAUGGUGUUAAUUGUGAUAAAAGUUGGUACUGCAACAACAAAACCGAUGGUGUCUACCGCCAUACUGAAUGCUCCAAAUAUGUAAACUGUACGAGCGGUGUUCAUAAAAUAGAGAAUUGCGUUAUUGGUCAAACGUUUGAUGUUGAUAAACUGGAAUGUGUUCAUUCAUCCUUGACACAAUGUAAACCAAUAGAAAGAUGUCUUAUGUCUACUUGUAACUCUAAUGGAGUGUGUUUUGAUGGUCCCGAAAUAUCACCAAAUUGUUCUUGUGAUCCACUUUAUUAUGGCUCUUUUUGUGAGUAUAAGGCUAUGAAUUGUUCAACUCUUAGCUGCUCAAAUGGUUUAUCGGAGGUUUUGCCAGCGUCAAGUGGGUUAUGUAAAUGUCAGUGUUCUAAAGGAUAUAAAGGGCAAUUUUGCUCAGAGGAUAUUGAUGAAUGCUCUGGUGAAAUAGAUCCAUGUGGAAUGGAUAAUAAAUGCAAUAAUACAUUUGGAAGUUUUAAAUGUGAAUGUUCAGAAGCGUGGAAAGGCGAUGUUUGUGAGAAAAGUUGGUAUUGCGAUCAAGAAGUUAAUGGAAUUUAUCGUCAUACUGAUUGUUCGAAGUUUGUAAACUGUACAAGCGAAGUUCAUAAAAUAGAGGAUUGUUUUGUUGGUCAAACUUUUGAUGUAGAUAAACUGGAUUGUGUUCACUCUUCAUUGACAGAAUGCAAGCCAUUAGACAGAUGUGAUGCCAGUACUUGUAAAAAUGGUGGUCGUUGUGAAGAAACAAGAAAUUAUGUCAAGUGUCACUGCGAUAACCAUUAUUAUGGUGAAUAUUGUCAUCUUGAGGCCGAAACAUGCAAUAAUCUAACUUGUGGUAACGGGAAUAAGAAAUCUCUACGAUUAGAUUACUGCAUCUGUGACUGUAAUGAGGGCUGGACAGGGCCGAGAUGUUUAACUGAUGUCAACGAGUGUGUGUUGUUAGGGGAGAAAGCUUGCUCAAAUGCAGCUAAUAAUUGCACUAAUAUUGAAGGUUCGUUUACUUGCCAAUGUAGUGACGAUUGGAUGGGUUCUAAUUGCUCCGAGAGCUUUUUCUGUUCAAACAGAACAGAUGGACUUUAUAGACACCAAGAUUGCUCUAAAUCAGUUUCGUGCUCAAAUCAGAUUCACACAAUAAACUCCUGUCCUUCUACCUGGUUGUGGAAUGGAAACAGCUGCCAAAAUAUACCUGCAGAUCAGUGUACAAAUAAAGAGAGAUGUUCGUACAAAGUAUGUCCAUCAGGAAAAAUAUGUGUUGAAGAUGCAAAUGACUUUGCGCGAUGCGUCUCUAGCUAAAAAAAGAAAAACUGAUGAAAUUAAUACUUAGAAAUGGCUAAAAACCACUGAAAGAAACCAAAAACGACUAGAUUACUGUAUCUAUGACUGUAUAUAUAUAUAUAUAUAUACAUAUAUAUAUUUAUUUAUGUAUAUAUAAAUUAUAAAAGUUAUUGAACGAUAGGCA